AUGGCGGCCUCGGCUCAGGGCCAGCGUCGGCCUAAGGCCGUGCCGCUGUUGGACCUUCUAACCUGGACCGACACGGUUCUGCCGCUGGAUCUGGUGUUGGAACAAUUUCACCUGCCUCAGAUCGUCAAGCUGGCGGAUAAAAACGACCCGGACUUUCCCGGAGGAGCCAUAGUUUUACUGGUCGGCUUACGGAAGGAGAACUCGAGGUACGUGGUCGCCAGGUGCAUGGCUGGAGACAGGGACAGGACCAUGGUCGGUCCCUGGCUGUCCAUUCCCCUCUCAUGCAAGUCCAGGUUCGUGCGAAUGUCGAGCGAACAGAGUAUUAAGAAGGAUAGGUUUCAUGGGGUACAGGAGUUGGCGGAGAACCUACCAAAUAAAGUCAUAGCAACACAAGACGUAUCAGAGUCAGGGAACGUAUUAGUGAAUGCUGGCGAGGAAAUUCGCUGCCUGGGUAUAGAAGGCAUGGAAGCAAAACCGUCCGGCAAACCACAGUUCAGUUCUACCCUUCCGUGGAGGCUGGCCUGCCUAAACGAAAACAACGAAUACGUGAGACUCUCUCUAGAAUGCGGUGCAAAGUUUUUGGCUGUCGCUGGCGGCGCUGCCGAGCAGACCACAGACGACGAGGCGACCAUAGACAAGCUUGCCUCGGAUAACUUCCCUCUCACCGUGCUUCAAACGAACGGAGAAACCCCCAAAUUUUGCCAGGACACCUUCACAGGUAUCUUCAGGCUUGUACAGGCCAGGGAAGACAGAAUGAUCAGCGCUUGUCUGCUCAGAACCGGUGCGAACGGCGCCGUUCUGUACCAGUUUCUGGAACUUCCCGCGUCGAAUGCCUCGGCGGUCGUCUUGCCCGAAGGCAUGCUGAAGGACCAAGGAUCGUACAACGUGCUUUUGAUGAAAUGCUGCGAAGAGCUCAAAGUGUGGAACAACACCGCAAAAGACACGGGAAGCAUAACUCGCGUUUUAAAUCGAGAAUUUUACUUCAAGAACAAGUUUGACGGAAGCUCGAAGACGCAAAGACCGUCUCCCCCACGCCUGACAGUAACACCUAGCGUGGAUGAGGGGCUCUACGCACCGCUACAAAGGCAAAGUUCUCCACGCGACCACACACGGCCGCCCACACCGCCACCGAUAGAAAGCCUGCGCGCUCUGACGAUAUCUAGGAGAAGGUAUGUGAUAAUGUCAUGA